AAUUCCAUUUUUUUAAUACAUUACCCAUCUUCCUAUCACUCCCAUAUAACUCUUCCUCUUUUCUCCCUUCCAUUGCAGAGAGCAGAAAUGGCAGAAGACAAGUAGAAAAAGAAAGAGAAAGAAAAGGAAGCAAGGCAAAAUGCAGGCUUCUUUCCUUCUCCUCUUCUUCUCUUACUCCGCCCUUUCGUCUAUCCUCAUACAAGGAACCCCAGCCCCGCCCGUCGAUGAAUCGGCGAUCCUCCUCUCAAUAAAAUCAACCCUUGUUGACCCAUUAGAUCACCUUCGAGAUUGGAAAACACCCAUCAAUGACCCUCAGCCAGAAACCCAAUCACACUACUGCAACUGGACUGGCGUUUCAUGCAACGCUGCUGGUGCAGUCGAAAAGCUCGACCUCUCUUACAUGAACCUCAGCGGCCGCAUCACCGAAAUCAUCCAACACCUCCAAAGCCUCACUUUCUUCAACAUCAGCUGUAAUGUAUUCUCAUCACCACUACCCAAAUCCCUAUCCAAUCUCACCUCUCUGAUAAACCUCGACGUCAGCCAGAAUUCCUUCAUAGGCCCAUUUCCGACGGGCCUUGACGCUGCAACAGGACUUGUAACUGUAAAUGCAUCUGGCAAUGAUUUCUCAGGACCGCUCCCAGCUGACAUCGGAAAUGCCACAUCACUCGAGAGCUUGGAUUUUCGUGGAAGCUACUUCCAUGGCACGAUCCCGACAUCGUAUAAGAAUCUGAAGAAAUUGAAGUUCUUGGGUCUCUCUGGAAAUAACCUCACCGGCAAAAUUCCAGGAGAACUAGGUCAGCUUUCAUCGCUGGAGACUAUCAUCAUCGGAUACAAUGAGUUCGUGGGAAGCAUUCCAGCAGAAUUCGGGAAUCUUACCAAUCUUCGGUAUCUCGAUAUGGCAGUUGGAAGUCUUGGCGGGAAGAUUCCAGCUGAGUUAGGGAAACUCAAGCGACUUUCCACAAUCUUCCUAUACAAGAACGAUUUCGAACGUGAGAUUCCAGCGGAAGUCGGAAACAUGACGUCAUUGGUAGAGUUGGAUCUCUCCGACAACAGCCUGUCCGGCAUCAUUCCUGUCGAAUUAGCUCAGCUGAAGGAACUUCAGUUACUGAGUCUGAUGUGCAAUCGAUUAUCUGGUCGGGUUCCUGCCGGACUCAGUGAGUUGACUGGGUUAGAGGUGUUGGAGUUGUGGAACAACUCAUUUACAGGCCCUUUGCCGGCCGAUCUUGGACGGCAUUCGCCAUUACAGUGGUUGGAUGUAUCGUCGAAUUCGCUCUCUGGAGAAAUUCCGGCGGGUUUAUGUGACGGCGGCAACCUCACUAAACUCAUCCUCUUCAACAAUGGAUUCACAGGGAGAAUCCCAACAGGCCUGUCGACGUGUCUUUCUUUGGUGAGAGUUCGACUGCAAGCUAAUCGGAUUUCAGGGCCAAUUCCCGUAGGAUUUGGAGGGCUUUCAAAACUCCAACGUUUGGAAUUAGCAUCUAAUAACUUAUCCGGCGAAAUACCGGCUGACAUUGCUCUUUCAACAUCACUCAAUUUCAUCGAUCUCUCUCACAACCAGCUUCAAUCAUCUCUCCCAUAUAACAUUCUCUCAAUCCCCAAUCUCCAUAUCUUCGCAGCAUCAGGGAACAGCUUAUCCGGUGAGAUCCCAAAUCAGUUCCAAGACUCUCCUUUGCUUGCCGUCCUCGACCUAUCAGAUAACCGUCUCUCUGGAAGCAUCCCCACCAAUCUCGCCUCCUGCGAGAAGCUGGUGAAUCUGAAUUUACGUGAUAACCAGCUCACCGGCAAGAUCCCAAAUGUGGUAGCAUUGAUGCCUACGUUGGCUGUUCUUGAUAUAUCCAACAACCUGCUGACAGGCGUCUUGCCGGGCAAUCUCGGCACCUCGCCGGCUCUAGAAACGCUCAACGUUUCUUAUAACAAGCUCUCCGGUCCUGUUCCGAUGAAUGGGAUGAUGAGGACUAUAAACCCCGACGAUCUUGCAUCCAACAUCGGGCUAUGUGGUGGUGUUCUUCCUCCCUGCUCACGAACUUCUGCCGCAGUGGCGUCUCCUGCGCAAAAGAGGUUUCACAUCAAGCACAUUGUCGCCGGAUGGGUAAUCGGAAUUUCAGCUGUUUUAUUCAUUGCAAUGGCUUAUUUCGGAGGACGGUUGGUUUAUAAACGGUGGAGAUCGAACGGUGGUUUCUGUGGGAACCGAUAUGAGUCUGAAUCUGGAGAAUGGCCGUGGAGGCUAACUGCAUUUCAAAGACUCAGCUUCACCAGUGGUGAAAUCGUAACGUGUAUAAAGGAUUCAAACGUGAUCGGAAUGGGAGCGGCUGGAAUUGUAUAUAAGGCGGAGGUGCACCGGCCACAUUCAGUGGUGGCAGUGAAAAAGCUAUGGAGACCCACCACCACCACCACCACCACCACAGCUGGGCCGACGAUCAUUGAAGGGUGUGAUUUCAUUGGAGAAGUGAAUUUACUGGGGAGGCUGCGGCAUCGGAAUAUAGUGAGGCUUUUGGGCUAUUUACACAACGAUAUCGAUAUGAUGAUUGUGUAUGAAUACAUGCCGAAUGGGAGUCUCUGGGAGGCGUUGCAUGGGAUGCAGGCAGGGAAAAUGCUGGUGGAUUGGGUUGCACGGUACAACGUAGCUGUAGGUAUUGCGCAGGGAUUGGCGUAUCUACACCAUGACUGCUCGCCGCCUAUCAUACACAGAGAUGUGAAGUCUAAUAACAUACUGCUUGACCGGAAUCUAGAGGCGAGGAUUGCUGAUUUUGGGCUGGCAAGGAUGAUGGCCCAGAUGAAUGAGACCGUGUCCACGAUUGCUGGAUCCUACGGCUACAUUGCUCCAGAAUAUGGUUACACAUUAAAGGUAGACCAAAAGAGUGACAUAUACAGCUUCGGUGUGGUACUAAUGGAGCUCCUCACAGGAAAGAGGGCUGUCGAGCCAGAAUUCGGCGAUUGUGUGGACAUUGUCGGGUGGGUCCGUUGGAAGAUACGGAAUAACAGUGGUGCAGAUGCACUAGAGCAUGAUGUGGUGGCCCAGUGCAAACACAUACAAGAAGAGAUGCUAUUGGUACUUCGGAUUGCUCUUCUUUGCACGGCUAAGUUGCCAAAGGAAAGGCCAUCUAUGAGAGAUGUACUAACCAUGUUAGGAGAGGCAAAGCCAAGGAGGAAAAGCAGCAGUAUUAACAUUUGUAGCAAUGACUACAACAAAGACAAACCUAUCUUCAGUAUUUCGCCUGUAGCUGGCCUUCUUUAGUUUUUUUUUUUCUAUGUAAUUCUCUCUCUCAAGGAUUGACAACUCGUCUAAGUCAGCUCGGAUUUUAUUGGGGAAUAUUUGUUACUCUGGUAGAGUAAGAUGGUUGACAUGCACGCACUAAUUGUACGCAUGGCAUGCACUAUCUCAAAUUAAAUCACAAAUGCAACUCAUUGCAAAUGGG